CGUGCUGCCGUUAUCAUUAUCGCUUCCGCUCCAUCAGAGAAACUGAAGAGGUAACCCCAACCGAACCACGCCAUAGAGAGAGAAACAAAGAAAAAAGAACAAACUUAGAGAGAGAAACACACAAAGAUCCGCGGCGUCAUGGACGGUGGUGCUGACGCGUGGAGCGUGCCAGCUUGGGGAGCCAGCAGCGCCAACGCUGCUCCUCACGAUAACAGAAUACUUAACAGAAUAAUGCUCCGAUUUCGGCCGAUCGCACCCAAACCUGUCGCCGGAGGCUCUCUCCCUUCCUCCGGUGAAGCUCAAGGUAGCAACGGCAAGGCUCCACUCACCGGAAAAAGAGCGAAGAGGAAGUACGUUAGGGUUCGCAGAAACAGUGUUAGCGAGAGAAAGAACAACGAUAAAUCUCACGAGAAAUUAGGUGAAACAAGCGAAAACGUCGCGGUUGUUACCCUCCAGCUGAUGCCGGAGAAGGAGGAUCCGAAACAACACUCCCUCGCCGGAGAUUCGUGGUGUAAGAACGUUGAUCUCGACCUAACCGUGGAGAAUAUCCAGAUCCUCGAUAAUAACCUGGAGCCACCGCGCGUGGCGGCGAAUCUUGACUCGGUUAAGGUUCUAGAUCCACUUCCUCCGCCGUCGCUGGCGGCGGUCGAGUCCUGGGUGACGGUUGAGAGCGUGACAGGCACGUGCAUGGGGGAAGGCGAGGGAGCAAGAGGAAUAGGAAUAGGUUGUUGUACGGACGCUGAGAUGGUGAAGAGCUUAGAGGAUGACACGUGUCCAGCGUUCGUUUCGGACGGUUACUUCAGGGUUGGGUGGGUGAACGAGGCGUUCAAGAAGAUGGUGGCGAGUGAGGGAAACGGUUUGCCGUUGGUGUGGGUGAAGGUGAAGGAUAACGCUGCGUGGUGCUUUUGCUAUUCUUACCCGGCGUUCACCUGCGGGGUGAGACUGCAGUACACGUGGCGGAACGAGAAGUGCACGAAGAUGGUGCCGUGUGAUGUUUGGAGAUUGGAAAGUGGCGGCUUUGCAUGGAGGCUGGACGUGAAAGCUGCACUCAGCUUGGGUCUCUGAAUAAAUAAAUAAAAAAAAGAAUGCAACAUGAAAUAAUGUAUCCUUUUUCUCUAUACUUAUGGUAGAAUUAGAUAUAGCUCUUCUAGUUGUGUGUGUGUGGAUUGAGGAUAAGCAUAAGCACCUCUCCCCCAUUAUGGUUUGUGCAUUAUUCUAGUUUAAGAGUUUUCUUCAGAUCCUGAGUGAAGACAAAUAAGAAGUAAAAGAUAAAAAGAUAAAAAAAAGGAAGUGUGUUAGUCUUUAAUUAGAAGAGUGAUGAGUGGAGGAAUUAAGAGUGGAAGGAAGGAAGAUUAUGAGGGGUAAAUUGGGAUUUGAGGUAUCUUGGGAAUUGGGAGAGGAGGAGAAAAAAGUAAAACGUAUGAGAGCACAACAUGCAAAGUGCUCUCUCUAUUACUCUACUAAAAAGCAAUUAAGUUUAGUGUGUGUAUUAACUAUUGUCCAUCCAAGACAUUGCAUCUCAUGAAAAAUGUAUAGUAGGUAGAUAUUUAUAUUUGUCGUUAUCUAUGUCUAUAUAUAUAUAUAUGCAUGAAUAAUGAACUUACUUUAUGUGUUAAUGACUCUAGUAUAGAGUAUAGAGAAGAUGAGUAGAGGCAAAUGAUGUUGUGUUAAAUUAGAUUAAUCUUCUAUUUAAUUAUGUGGGGCAAUGUGUUGUUAGGCAAGGCUCCAAAAGAAUCUGAACUUGCUUCUCUGGUUUUAUUUGA